CGCCGAUCACGGACUUCUUCUGGCAAUCCGCAACCUUUGGAUUUGACUGUCUUUGGGUACUUCGAAUUAUACUUUUGUGAUUUUCCUUCCAUCUUUAAGCUGAUCGUAAGUUGCCUUUACUGUUUCGGCUUUCUGAACAAUGGCGGCUGAAUUUGAUUGAUCGGCGAGAACUGGGAAUGGGGAUGGAGCAGGAAUUUGAGUGGGCUGAAGCCCAGAAGAUUGAGAUAAGCGUGGAUCUCUUCUCUGUAGCCAAACAGCAACUAAAAUUUCUUGCAGCUGUUGAUAGGAACCGUUGGCUUUAUGAAGGCCCCGCUCUUGAAAGAGCCAUUUUUAGGUAUAAUUCUUGUUGGCUACCUUUGCUUGCUAAAUAUUCUGAGGGCCACAUCAUCGAAGGGCCUUUGGUUGUUCCUCUUGAUUGUGAGUGGGUUUGGCACUGCCACAGACUAAAUCCAGUGAGAUACAAGUCUGACUGUGAGGAAUUUUAUGGAAGAAUUCUUGACAGCCAUAAUGUGGUUUCUUCUGUUCAAGGCACUUCAAAAGGGGAAACUGAACAGAUCUGGAACAAACUUUACCCAAGUGAGCCUUAUGAUUUUGACUUGACUAGAACUUCCAUCCAAAAGGUUUCUGGAGCAGGAAAGUGUACCCAAUAUGAUCUUCUUUCAGCUAUCAAAAGGCAGAUCCCAUUCUUUUACCAGGUUUCAAGGCCACAUAUGGACAAUGAUCUCUUCCUUGAAGUUGCUGUGGCCAGAUAUAAAGGAUUUCUGCAUCUAAUCAAGAGAAACAGGGAGAGAUGCUUGAAACGAUUUUGUGUUCCAACUUAUGAUAUUGACCUUAUCUGGCACUCUCAUCAGUUGCAACCUGCUUCCUAUUGCAAGGACCUGGUAAAAUUACUUGGCAAGGUUUUAGAGCAUGAUGAUACAGAUUCAGACAGAUCAAAAGGGCAGAAGCUGGAUGUUGGAUUUUCUGAAACCACCAAGCAAUGGGAGGAUACAUUUGGUUCAAGGUAUUGGAGGGCAGGGGCAAUGUACAGAGGAUCUGCUCCAUUGCCAGUCACUGCCACUCCUUGUCCGUCUACAAUUGUGGCCAAGCAAGUAGUUGUAUCAAACGAACAUCAGAGAACUAUCUGCCUUCCUGAUGUGAGGGUUGUUGAGGUCAUGUUGGAAUUUGUCGGUGUCAGAAACAUACAAGAGGGACACAAAGGAAGCCUCUCUGUUGUAUUCAGUAAAACACAGCCUGAUACAAUCUUCAAUGCCAAGAGAAGACUAAGUAUAUUGUCUGAGUCUGGGGAGAAACAAGUUGCUUCUUUCCAUUGUCAGCCUACUGGACAUUUGCUAUUUGAGCUCGUGUCCAACCCACAUUCCAACUUAAAAAUAUCAAGGCCAGCCAAGACUUUGGGUUCAGCUUCUGUCUCUCUGGAAGACAUUUUGGCCCCUGUUUCCAAUCUCUCAAUGGAGAAGUGGUUGGAUUUGGUGCCAAGUCCUGGCACAAGAAACUCCAAGCCAAUUGGUCUUCGUGUUGCCCUCUCAUUUACCAUUCCAACCCCAGCACCUCAUGUGCUUCAGAUGGUACACUCUCGGCUAUUCUCAAAGAGUUCCUGCUUUUUUCCACUUCCUGGAAGGGUUCAAUUGACCAAGAUUUGGACUCGUGUCAUUGAUGAAGCUGGCAAUGAGGCCAUCAGUCUCCAGAUGAGGGAUUUUAAAAGGCAAAAGGGGGUAAACAACUCUACACAGAGGAAAGAGGUGAUUGGCAUUACAAACUCCGGAGAGACACGUAUUCUUGCUGAAUUUGUAGGGACAGAGUGGUCUCUGAUAGAUGCUCAGUGGACCCUCCAGCUUCAGAAGAGAUCCAAUAAAGAUCACCUUUUUGAGUUCACUGGUAAUAGGAUGGUAAAACUAUUCCCAGGAAGAAAGCUGGAUUAUGAACCCAAGCAUUACGAGAUGCAUGGAAACGAACACAAUUUCAUGACAGUAGUUGAAUUCUCUGCAGAAGAGCCAUAUGGCAAAGCAGUCGCUUUGCUCAACUUAAAGUCUGGAUUGUUUAAGGUGAAAGAAGAAUGGCUAGUGUUGCCUGGGAUCAUUUUGACUUUCAUCCUUUCAGAUAUUUAUAGGAAGGAGGGAUUUAAAGGUUUGACCGACAAGGGAGAAAAUUUGAUGGAUAUGGAUCCUAAAGAAUUUGACAUGGAUGUGGUAACCAGCAACAGAAACACAUUGGCACCGGAAAAGGCCGCAGGUUGUGGUGGAGGGUGCAACGGCGAGUGUGGAAGUGCUGUAAAUGGCAGCGACCUUGGGGGUCGUCGUGGUCUCGAUUCCGGGUGUGGAAAUACACUAGACAGUGGUGGUUGUGGUGGCUGCGGUGGCGGUGGUUGUGGUGGCUGCGGUGGCGGAGGUUGUGGAGGUGAACGCAAAAAUAUAGUAAAGAGCGGUGGCUGUGGUGGCUGUGGAAGUGGGUGCGGGGAUAUGAUUAAGACUAAGAGUGGUGGAUGCGGUGGUUGUGGCAGCGAUUGUGCGGAUAAAGCGUAUGGAAACAUUGCCACCGCCACCAACGCCACCGCCACUGCUGAAAUUGCAGGGUAAGCAAGCACUCCACAUGGCUUGUUCCUGCUUCGUAUCUCGAAUAAAACUCAAAACGUAUGCCAAACCAUUACUUUGGUUUCGCCGAACUGCCUUUCCUUGUUCCUGCUUGGUGUAUGCCAAUGCGACCAUGUAUGUACUAGUGGUAUUGUUCGUCAAUAAAAGCCAUGUUACGGGUCAGUUCUCAUGUUGCCCUGCCCUUGUAAAGAAUGUACUCCAACAUUCUGUCUUCUUCUGAGUGAUAAAAAAAAAACCAUUUUAAGUUUGACAGGUCCCUAUAAAUUCGUGAAUACUACUGUAAAUUCGUGAUAGUGACUUAUUUUCAGAUCAUCUCCAUUAUGCUGGUUUGUUGUU